AUGGCAGAUGGCGAUCUGGGAGAUCUCUUGGCCAAGGUGCUCCCCACCGGGGCCGAGCUCACUGUCCGCCAUGUCUCCUCGACACCCGCCCCAAGUGUCGCCCUGUUCGCCGCUGCGCCCGGCCAGGAGCCCGAGUCUACCUUUUGCGAAAGUCACUUCCUGUCGGUCUCCAUUGACUCGCCUAAGGAUGACGGGGCUGAAAUUAUUGUGUUUGGAAUGGAGGUGCUGAUCUAUAACUCGGCCCACCUGACCACUAUAUUUGUGUCCAAGGCCGAUUCAACCGGCCUUCUACAUCUACUUAAAUUGCCGCAUAAAGUCUCGGUACUGAGGUUGAUCAGCCACACGUUUUUGUCUCACUUGGCUCGCACACACCAACGGCCUGGUGUGCGUUUGGUCGUGUCUUUGUUUGCCCGUGCCCAGAACCAAUACCUCUUUCCCGGCAGUAUCGAGAAUGCUGAAAAACACGUUCUCGAUGACCGGGGUCUGAUCAAAUGGUGGUGCCGAGCUGUGGAUCCUAUUCUAAGUGAGCAUGAGCCUGAAUCUGUCUCGCAGGACACUAUCCCCCUUGACAAAACCGUCGAGGCCGCGAAGGCUUCCGCAACUGCAUACCUCAUUGUUCCCGGGUGCGACCGCCUUGAGACACGCAGCUUUUUCCCCGCCUCUUCCAAAUCCAAUGUGCAGGGUCGUCCUCGGUGGCUCGCGAGCUAUCCGCUAAAGCAAAUGGUUCACGAUCCUUCGGCUCCGCCGCGAUGCUUGAUUCCUCGGCUUCCAGAUGACCCCAAGACGCGAUUCUUGAUCGACCUGGAUGAUGAGCUUCCGGAGCCUGUUGAUGGUGAAAAGCCAUCUCCCAGUACUGGCCAAUGGCGAAGUGUCAAGUCCUUGGAUCAGUUCUGGGAGAUGAUGUCGUUUCGACAGGAGUGCUCUGCCGGUCGACUUGUUGGGUUCCUCUGGCUGGUCAUUAAUCCUCCUGGUUUGAUGAACUCGACCACAAUGGCUAGCCAGAGCCGUGGCCCUAUUGAAUCAAUUUCAGAUACCAAAGAAGCGGAAUUGUCUAAACCGUUAGAGGAUGAGCCACCGCAAAAUGACACCAGCCAGAGAAAGCCCGAGGCUUCAAAGUAUACAACUGCAGCUGCUACGGUCACACCAAAAGAGUCCCCUGAACCUCCGGCGGCCACUUUCGACGACCCAUCGGAGGGCUCUUCAGCCAACACCCAUACAACAGCUCCUUCAACGGACACGAAUCCAUUCUUCUGGCCCGAGGCCGGUCGAGGAGAAGUGGUUCUCAGCGAAGCGGAUUAUAAAAAGAUGAUGGACGGGGUCCUAGAUCACUUCUACGAUGAGAAAGAAGUCGUUUCCAGCACAAAGUUAUACGUUGAUCAGGUAGCAUCGCUUGCCGACCAGCUUACAUGGGGCAGACGGGUAGUUGGCAGUCAUACGCCCGAGGAGACUGCCACUCAGCAGGCACCUAUUAAUAAUAUUCUGAACAGCGGUUUGAUUCGGAAGAGGAAGAAGCCGGAGGGCGAGAAUGGGAAAAUCACAGGGGAUGAUACAGAUUCAGGCACAGCCCAGCCGAGUGGGUCAGAUACAGCGCAAUCAGCCCCAGCCCAGCCAGCGGCUGUUAAUGUGCUCAGUGCUGGCCUUUUGCGGAAAAAAAAGAAGACGUGA